CCUUGCCCGUGUGGCUGCUGACUUAAAAUGGCAGAAGGAAAGGUGUUCAAGAAGACCAGCCCCAAUGGCAAGCUAUCCCUUUACCUGGGGAAAAGGGAUUUUGUGGAUCACGUGGACAAGGUGGACACUGUAGAUGGCAUCUGCCUGAUCGACCCGGAGUACCUAGAGGACAGAAAAGUCUACGUGACGCUGACCUGCGCCUUCCGCUACGGCCGAGACGACCUCGACGUUAUCGGCUUGUCCUUCAGGAAGGACAUCUACGUCGUGACCACCCAGCUCUACCCACCAGUGCCCGACCAGACACCCAAAACCCUCACUCCUCUGCAGGAUAAGCUGAUGAAGAAGCUCGGGGAGAAUGCCUACCCUUUCACUUUCGAGAUUGCCACCAACCUGCCCUGCUCAGUCACCCUCCAGCCAGGACCAGACGAUGUGGGAAAGGCCUGCGGUGUGGACUUCGAGGUCAAAGGAUUUUGUGCUGAAAAUCUGGAGGAGAAAAUUCACAAGAGGAACUCGGUGCGUCUCAUCAUCCGCAAGAUCCAGUUUGCCCCCGUGACCACGGGGCCGGGCCCCAAGGCAGAGACCACCCGCCAGUUCAUGAUGUCUGACAAGCCCCUGCACCUCGAAGCCUCCCUGGAGAAAGAGAUCUUCUACCACGGAGACCCCAUCAACGUCAACGUCAACAUCAACAACACCACCAACAAGAUCGUGAAGAAGGUGAAGAUUUCAGUCGAGCAGACCACAGACGUGGUCCUCUACUCACUGGAUAAAUAUGCAAAGACCGUCUGCACCGAGGAGUUCAUUGAGAACGUCCCAGCCAACUCCACCUUCUCCAAAACAUACUCGGUCACCCCCCUGCUCUCAGCCAACCGUGAGAAGCGGGGCCUGGCUCUGGAUGGGAAGCUGAAGCACGAGGACACCAACCUGGCCUCCACCACCGUGCUGAGACCCGGCAUGGACAAGGAGGUGCUGGGCAUCCUGGUGUCCUACAAAGUGAAGGUCAACCUGAUGGUGUCCCGAGGAGGCAUCCUGGGGGAUCUCACUGCCAGCGACGUCGGCGUCGAGAUGCCCGUCACCCUGAUGCACCCGAAGCCUCCAGAAGGUUUUGCCAAGUCGUUUCACAUUCACAGGCUUUUGGGAGCAGUUUUGCUGACUCUUCUUUUCCAUUUUCUUCCCCCAUUUUUCACCUGGUGCCUCUCCCUUGACGUCAUCUACUCCUUGCCUUUCACCACAAGCGCCGAGGACAUCGUCAUCGAGGAAUUCGCUCGCCACAAACUCAAGGGGGGGAAAGACGACGAAGACAAGGAGGAGGGUGACAAAUAA